CAAGCAUCAUUCGAGCAACAUCGUUUCAGUUUUAUGCGAGAGUUUUAAUCAUUCGAUCGUUGUUGUUUCAAUGAAAAAAGCAUAGAAUAGUUUUUGACAAUUUUAUACAUAAAACACGGUUUCGGAUAUACCGGUUCAUUCGGAGAAUAUUCGUGCAAGUGAAAGCAAAAGGAUUUAUGCGAGCAAGCAGCGAAAAAAACGAACAUUCAAAGUUGGAUGAAAGUGCAGAGCAGUGCAGAACGUUCAACUGGUGUGUUGUGAGCUAAGCAAGUGGUUUUAAGACACAAAAUCGAAGCAAACAAAAAAAACUGUAUCAAAUACUGAGUGAAGUGAACUAUGGUAAACAUUGAUCCGGCAAUAAUGAAUGCACAGACAGUAUUCGGUGUGGCCCGAGCGCCAAUGAAAACAAAUUUCUCCAUCAACUCGAUCCUGCCCGAGACAGUGAUGCAGUCGUCUCCUGCACAAACGCCGUCGCCUUCGCCACAUUCGUGCCAUUCACCGAUCGGAUCGGAGGAACAAGAUCAGGAUCUCACCGAUACCGAGUCCGAUUUGGAUGUUACUGGAACUCCUCCGCCAAUGGAUGCAAACAAGAAAUCAGAUGAAGCUGAGGAUGGUUCCUCGAGCCCGAAAGAGGGCGAGAAGAAGGGCAACGAAAAGCCACCUUACAGCUACAAUGCGCUGAUUAUGAUGGCCAUCCGUCAAAGCGCUGAAAAGCGUCUGACACUUAACGGAAUCUAUGAGUAUAUUAUGCGAAAUUUCCCCUACUAUCGUGAUAACAAGCAAGGCUGGCAAAACUCGAUUCGCCACAAUCUCAGCCUGAACAAGUGCUUUGUGAAAGUGCCUCGCCACUACGACGAUCCCGGCAAGGGCAACUACUGGAUGCUGGACCCAUCUGCCGAGGAUGUUUUCAUCGGAGGAUCAACUGGAAAACUUCGCCGUCGUUCAACCGCCGCAUCCCGCAGUCGGCUGGCUGCCUUCAAGCGUACACUGGCGGGACCCAUGUUCCACACCUUGGGCUAUCCUCAGUUCAACCAGUUUAUGUAUCCAUCCCCAAGCCACGCACAAACCGCCCUGCUGGCCCAGAUGUACUCCCGGUAUUCGCCAUACGCUCCAAGCCUAGCGCCUAAGCCACCACUACCGCUUCCUCUGCCGCUGCCCGUUGGUGCCCAUGGCUUCGGAAUGGAUAGACUUCUGGCCGCCGGAGUAACUCAUCAGAUGGCACCCCAACAAAUGGCUCCUCUGCAGCAAGCGCAAGCGGAACUGUACCAAAGACUUCACUAUCAGCAACUCAUCCAGCAUCAUGCUGCCCAAGCGCAAGCCCAUGCUGCCCACAUGCAGCAACUUAGUCCCAACGGUGAUCACCAUCAGCAGCAGCACUCACCCACCAUGCCAAACCCGCAGCUACAGAUCUCCACCGGUAUCCCACCCCAGCAAGGAUCCCCAACAGGACACAACCUGUUCAAACCCAUCACCGUUGUAUCGCGGCAAAGCUGAGGAUCAUCACCUAGUGCUACCAUCACUACUACCGCAAGCGAGGAUACCUUCUAGUGCAAAUAUUUAUUUAAUAGUUAAAUUCGAAGAAAAUACUUAGUUCUGCUGCAGGCAAAUAUAAAGAUGGCACCCGGAUGCCACCAGUGAUAUGUAGAGGCGAGGGAAAAAAAUGUUUCAAUUGUAAAUAUAGUUUUCGAGAUCUCUUCCGGUCUCGGAAUGUGCUCUUAAGCGACUUAAUUAGUCUCACGAAUUAUGUUUUUUUCCAUGAAAAACAAUUGUUGAGUGACUGUGACUUUUAUCUUAUUGAUUGUUAACACGAACUGGUUCGGCGCUGCGAGCGCAGCGCUGAAACGCAAACCAAAACGCAAAUUGUACAUAAUUGUAAAUUCCAAUUGAAAACGAGAAGUAUUAGCAAUUUUUUAUAUAGCAGCAAGUAGGUCGAACAAUUAUAUAAAUUAUAUUUUCUCCCCGAAAACAAAGCAACAAUAUAAAACAAAAUCAAUGCAAACAUAAA